AUGAGUACGAGAAAAGUUCGUGAUCUAUCGGUGAGCGUGACGAGUUUCUACAUGAAAUUCGUGGGUUAUUGGCUGGCGACUAAUUAUGUCGAAAAACAAAGGAGGAACAUCGCCAUGAGCUAUACGCUCUUCACUACCCUGUUCUCCAUGUCGAACGAGAUGAGAGCAUUGUACUUCAGUUGGGGAGAUAUGAAUGAUAGUAUUUACGUCAUGUGCAACAUCGUAACUGUCGUUCUAGUUACAGUGAAGCUCUUGGACUUGUUCAUAUAUAUCGAGGAGCUUCACGAUCUGAUCAAUUACGCUAACAAGAACUUUUGGCACUCAAAUUAUGACGCAUACGAGCAGAGUAUGAUUGAUAAUUGUAAACGUACCUGUAUAAUUUUCGUGUGCACCUUCAUUUUCUUUGCUCAAGGAACAGCCUUCUCUUUUGUGAUAACGCCAGUUCUAGCGAACCAUGCAAAGAAUGAUUCAGAGAGGAUACUUCCUUUUAAUAUGUGGCUCGAGUUGCCAUUAAAUGUAACACCGUAUUUCGAAAUAAUGUUUGUAGUACAGAUAUUGUUUUCGCUUCACAUUGGCGUAUGCUACUAUUGCUUCGACAAUCUUUUAUGCGUUAUCAAUCUGCACACUGCUGUUCAAUUUCGCAUCUUGCAACACAGAUUCGCGAAUAUUUGUAACGAUAACGAGAAAUGCAACGAAGCUUCAGGGAAACCAUCAUGCACUACGAAUAAGUAUAUGAAACUCAGAGAUUAUAUACAACAACAUCAAUCGUUAAUUGAAUUUUGCAAAAGACUCGAGGAUGUAUUCAGUUCAAUUGUGCUGGGACAGGUAUUACUCUUCAGUUUGUUAAUCUGCCUCGAUGGAUACUUGUUGCUUAUGGAAGGCGCUCCACGUUCAAGACGCAUUAUUUUCGCAUUUCACAUAUCAGGAUGCAUGUGUCAAUUGCUAAUGUUCACAUAUAGCUGCGACUGUUUGAUAAGGGACAGUAUGGACGUGUCCAACGCCGCGUAUGAAAGUGCGUGGUUCAUGUUACCAAUGGACAAGUAUGGAAAAAUGUUAAGAAGGGACUUGACACUCGUUGCUAUGAGGUCUCAAAUACCGUGUUGUUUGACAGCUAAUGGAUUCUUCGUUGUAUCUUUGGAAACAUAUACUAACAUUCUGAGUACAUCUGUAUCAUACUUCACAUUGUUGAGAGAUAACACGAACAAUACAUAG